UCAAUUCUACUGAAAGGAUAUUAUGUGUUUUUCAACAAAUUUGUGAGGGCUAACACUUAAAUAUCUUUUCAAUUAUGAUCUAGUUUCAAAGAUUUCAUGGUGUUUUGUGGUUUUUUGCUGCAAAAUAACAAGCUUUAAGAGAAAACACAAAAACUGCUGGGUGAUGCUAUGUGGUUUAAGAGGUGGGAGACAGAGACAGUUUGAUGAUUAGCUAUGUAAUUAGCUAUGUUUUUGUCACUCAGUCGAAGUGCCUUGCAAAAGUAUUCAGACUCGUUGACGAAUUUGUGCAUUUUACUGAAUUACUUAACACCUUCACGCAACUCCCCUAGUGGCCAGAAUGCUGGCAUACUGACAUUGCUCAAAUCAAGACUUUCAUUCCUCCUGCAAUCAAAUUGAGCAGAACUCUGUGUUUUAGCUUUAUUAUUACACAAUGCACUCCAGCGAUGCUAAAUACAGAGUUUCUAAAUGGCACCAUUGUCGCAUAGAUAGUCAAUUUAACAAGCAAACCUUUCCUGCAGUCUCAUCCGCAACUAUACCCCGAAGCAUGAGACACUGAACAACAGUGUCUGAACAUCUAUCUGAGAGUUCAUGAAAAAAAUUCUUUAACCACCUAAAAUUCCAACAUGGCAACAAGACAAAGCCAACAAUAGCCCAAAGGUAUAGCAAUACAGCGUGAAAAACUCUGCUCACUGAAUAGUGUAAUAAACAAGAGGGAUUUUUGUGGAGUUAAACCAUGUUAUUCCACUAUCAAUGCCUGUGACAAAAUAUGAAAUAAAUAUACAAUCUUACCAUUGGUUUGAGUAAAGAUAUCCCUUUAAAGAUUCAAUUGUCAUUUAUUGUAUUGAACAAUCCACUUGAGAAAUAAAAGCACAAAUAUAAAGUGAGGGUAGAUACAGUAUUUACAAUGGCCAUGUGCAAAACCACAUUCACUGUUUACGCCAAUGUAACUCCUUUCACUUCAUUCAGAUUUUAUUGAUAACUCUUUAUUCUGCAGAGGACAGUACAAGCUUUCCAAUGGUAUAUGGCAUGUUUCCUUAAAUUCUAUUUUAUUAAGAAAGAGUAACUGCAUGAGUGGUUCCUUCAGCACAGCGUUGUGCAUUGUAUCAUAACAUUACGCAGUAAUUAUACAAGCAUUCAUUGAGGCGCCACUGUUUUUUUUCUGUGGUUUUUGGAAGAUUUUACUCAUUUUGCCAAGUCAUCAGCAUGGCUAAAGCAAAUCCUCUGGGGAGAACUGAAGAGGAGAAAGCAUGAAGUCAAGUGCAAAUUAUUACAUAUUUAGGUAUGUGUGUACCACAGUGUGGCACAAUUUUUUUCGCAUUAUUUUUCGAUGUGAUAUCAAUGUUUCAUCUAAAAACUAUCAUAAAGCAGCAAAUUGAUAUGCUUUAUUAAGGACCAAAAGCAUUUUAUUUAUUUUUUGGAGAGGUUUUUGGAAGAUGGCCCUUGGAUAUCUUCGACCCCUAUACUGGUGGAAAAAUAGCAGUUAUCUCUUGAAAAUGAUGCAAAAGUGAAUUUUAUGAGUCAACAGUGGAUUUGUAGUGAAAUAUAUGAUUAUAUUAUGAUUUACAGCAAUGCACAAUUUAGAUAUGUAACACGUCAAUGUUUUGCACUGGCUGUAGAAUCUGUUGCGGUAGUAGAACAUCAUGAGAUUGUUACAUUUAUUUGAUAAGAGGUUUGGAGGAGCUGAGAUUUUCAUAACUUCUAGGGCUGGGUGAUAUGAUGAUAGUUGAAUUACCUUUGCAUGCAUAACAUUUGGCAGAGCCACCAAUAAAGCCUCCAACACUGCAAAUAAGAACAAUGGGGGCUACAGCAGCCACAGCUCACUCAAAAUAAAUGUAAUGGUCGCGAUCGCCGUCGUAGAUGUCAGAAGAAAAUGUCACUGACAAAAAAAAGUUGUAGUGUUUGCAGUGGUUUGGGCUGGAAACAAGCUGUAAGAGCGGAAUAAGCGCCCGAAGUGAAGCACAACACUGCCUACUGAUCGUACAUAAGGUCGCUUUGAGGUUUCUUUCCAUGGAGGAUUCAGCUGCAUGCUCCCAUAUUACUAAAAAUUCUGUAGCGGUGGCUAGCUAUAAGUGCAUAUUGGUGUAUGAGUGCUGUGUGCGACCACAACAUUUAUUUAGCCUUUUUGUAUAGCUAUUUCCGUGGAUAAAAUUGCAUUUAUUAUUAUUUUCUGUUAAAAACAUUCAAUUCAUAUUCAGGGAGAUAGCCAACUACUUCAGCCUGGAAAAUAAUCCAUUAAACCAGAAAAAUUGCUGAGUUGUUUUAGGAGGCUUUUACAUCAGGGACCCGGGCCUGGAUCCAAGUACACUUGACCCCAAAGUCCUGUUCGUUUGAUUAGUGUGAACACUGUGUACCAUACCCGGGCACGGAUCAACGAAACGUUCCUGGGUCCACUUGAAAAGGUGGUCUCAAGUACGGUUCAUGUGUACUCGGGUACGGUUCGCAUCAGGUGUGAAAACUACUGUACCAUGGCCGCGAAAGGAUCUCUGUUGUCUACUGAAGAAAUUGAAUGCGUGCUUGAAAUUUGGGCAGACGAAAACAUACAAUCACAACUGGACAUUUCACACAAAAAUGCAGAUAUUUAUGGAAUAAUUUGAGAGUAUUUACAUGCACGUGGGUACAACAGAACAAUGCCGUGACAAACUAAAGAAAAUGAGGCUGCAAUACCAGAAAGUGCAGGAUGCGGUGCGUAAAUCUGGCAGCUCAACUGACGAAAAAGACAGAUUUCAUGGUAUAAUGCAGUGGACAGCAUAUUCGGCCAAAAACCAACAAGUGAGCCUAAUGUUAUUGAGUUGCAACCAAUCACACCACCUCUGGUAACACCAUCAACAUCAUCUCCACCAUCCGAUCAAGAGAACAUGGGACCGGUUAGUCCACCAAUGAGCCUGUCAAUAUGCGGCACUUCAGAUGAGACACACACUGACACCUCUGACUAUAGCCCAAGAGCAGCAGACAACAGAAGGAAGAGGAAGGCAAAGACUGAUGUGAGCAGCAUGAUGGGUGCCUUUAUGGACAUACAAAAGAAACAGUACGAUGAAUUCAAUCAAGCAGAGCAGCUGCGUCAACAGCAAGAGAAAGACAGUCUUGAUGCCUGGAUAAAGUCACGAAUGGAGAUAGAGGAGCGCCGGCUACAGGCACAGAGGGAGGAAUGCCAAGAGACAAAUAGAAUGUUCAUGCAAAAGAUGAGCAGACUGUUCGAUGUCAUGGUUCCUUCGUCCCAGCAGCACACGCCCUCACACCUACAACCUCCUCCUCCGCACUAUUACCAGGGGCCUCCCCUGCACUACACUGCCCAUGAAGAGACACCACUAACCUUCAGAGAACUGCACGGAGCUGCAGAGCCCCUGCCCAAUGCUGCUCAAUGCUGCUUGAGUAAGCAUUUGAUCAAUAAAUUCAGGAAAAUAAGUGUCAAUGCCUAUCAAGAAAAUGGUUUAAUUUGUUUACAAGCAGUUUACAUGAUGUUUUGAAGAAUGUUAGUCAUAAUGCACUUUUGCCAUUUUCAAAAUAAGUUCUAUGAGACCAAUGCUGUCUUUCCUUUUUUUUUUUUACAUAGCAUUGUUGUUUUGUUUGUUAUGGUUCGUUACGGUUUCCCCAACUGUGCCUUGAAUACUGUUUACCCUACAUAUUUCAAUGUAAGAUGUGUGAACACUGUGUUUUGAUGGUGUUACAAUGGUUUAACCUUGUUUCAAAUGUUUUGUGUAUUGGAUAGUACCUUUUCUGUUGAAGCACUGACAUUUGACUGAAGGAUUUGAUUGAAGAUGUUUUGCCUGAAGACAUUACUUUGAUUAAAACACAUUGCAGUCAUUAA